UCCAUACGUUAUCGAGUGUCCAGUUGUACCGCUACCGACAGGUAAUAGCAGUUGCCAAUGUGACCCUCCAAACAUCACAGUCACAGACACUGACUCCCUUGCUGCAUUUCAGCAUGUCUCAUGCAAAUUGACCCCUGAUUUAAUCAGUGCUACGAAUCCGGAUCCAUUUUAUUUCCCGCGAUCCAGGAGAGUGUACAUUGAUUGCUCAUGGAACAAUUCUCUCAGUUAUUCCGACUUUUUGAAGAGCGCGGUAAAAGAAUGUGGCGACAUCGCCGAGGAAGUUGAUCCCUUUGGCCAUGUCGAUUGCUUUACGCCCUUCAACAUCACCGCCGAUACGUAUAUGGGUCUACCUAGUCUGCAGAAAUUAACCCUCGCUUUAGAGGAUGGUAUUUCCAUUAAACCCGAUGCCUUUUCUCCCCUCAAAAACCUUGAGGUACUGUCACUGGUUCAACUUGAUUUAAAGUCUCUGCAUCCGGAGGUUUUCAGAGGUUUGACCCACCUUCGGCAACUAAGUUUGUGGGAUAAUGACAUUCGAGAACUUCCCGAUGGCAUCUUCAAUGAUCUUCAAGACUUGCAGGUACUGUCCCUCCGGAGCAAUAGCAUUACGCACAUCUCCCGUGACCUUCUGAAACCCCUCGAAUUCUUGAACACAUUAUACCUAGAUGACAAUAACAUUUCAUCCAUACACGCUGAUGCGUUCCGGUCGAUGAGGUCCCUCGAAGAAGUGGAUUUGUCACGAAAUAACCUUGAUGAGAAGUUCAGUCUGAGUUUCUUAGGUACUGAGAAGCUUUUACUCUCCUACAAUUCAUUGACUUCAUUCACAGAGGACACUGUGCCAGGAGUCCGGGGAUAUACAACCUCGUUAGAUUUGUCACAUAACUUAAUAUCGUCCAUUUCCGAAAGUGUUUUUCAAACAGAUGAGUUACUUUCUUCGCUUUCGUACGUCGUUCUCCGUAACAACCGUCUCGAAUCGUUACCAACGAAUGUCUUACGAUGGGCAAGAAGACUCACAUUCAUCGACUUUAGUUAUAACUCUUUAGAGACUCUCCACGAUGGACUCUUCGAUAUCCAGUCGAACCCUCUCGGGGAACAGAGACUAGCUGGAAAUCAGUUGGUGGUUAGGCUAGGUGGUAACCCUUUCACUUGCGACUGCCGUCUUACUUGGUUUCGUAUUUAUGACGGGCAGGAUGUUUGGAUAAGUGAUCGCGAUGACAUCGAAUGCUUUUCACCACCCAACCUGAAUGGAAUACCAUUAUUCUCAAUAAGGCCUGAGCAUUUUGAGUGCCCCUUGUCCGAUUCUCUGUGCCCUGAACAUUGUCAAUGCUACGAGGUUUUGAAGGAUCUAGGGCUUCAAACAGCUCGCCGUGUGAUCAAUGUCGAAUGUGAAUCUGAAAAUCUAACACGUAUUCCGCGAGGCAUACCAAGCAAUACUUCAUCGUUGGACCUAACCGGGAAUAUCUGGAACACUCUUAGAAAAAGUAUGCUUAAAACUCGAAUGCCAUUCUUAAGCGACUUGACGCUUACUAGGUGUAGUAUCGUGAGGAUAGAAAGCGGAGCGUUUAGACUCUUAAACUCAGUCCUGCAAUUGAAACUCGACGGAAAUAAUUUUCGCAAUAUAACGAAAGGGACGUUCCAGGGAUUGACUCGACUUAACACGCUGUAUUUAAACCACAGUUCCAUCAGAACUAUUGCUGAUGGGGUCUUUCUGGACACCCCAAGUUUAACCUAUCUCUAUCUACACGGAAACUUUCUCACCGUCCUCCCUGCUAUCCAGCACUUCCCUCAAAGUCUCGAAAUAGUGAGCCUCCAAGAAAACCCACUAACUUGUAGCUGUAACUUGAUCUCAUUACAGGGGUUGGUCAAGUACACAUUAGAGGUUAAGGGCAAUGUAACAUGUCGGGAGCGCGACGGUACCACCGUAUCAUUAGCUAACCUCGAUUCCUCUUACUGCAGGAAACAUGGGACAAGUCCAUUACUCGCACCACUUGCAUCGCUUGGUGCCAUCACUGGUGUUCUCGUGGUUGUGCUCAUUUGCGUUUUUCUAUACAAAAAGAACAAAACGCUCUUCCAGCUCAUGUUACUGCGUUACUUUCCUCAAGACCUGUCCGAAGAUGACGCGAACAAACCCUUCGAUGUCUUUAUCUCCUAUUGCCAACUUGACGACGAAUUCGUGCUCCGUUACUUGGUGCCACUUUUGGAAACUGAAGAUGAGCCUUCUUACACCAUCUGUCUCCAUCAUCGUCACUUUGUCCCAGGCGACACCAUCGCGAACAACAUCGUGAGCGCCGUGGCGCAGAGCCGUCGUGUCAUUCUCGUCUUGUCAGACAACUUCCUGCAGAGUGACUGGUGCAUGUACGAGUUCCGUAUGGCUCAUCUUCAAGCGUUGCACGAUCGCCGUAACACAUUGCUCAUCAUCACUCUUGGAGAUAUCAGCCAAGACUCUCUCGAUCCUGACCUGAAGGCAUACAUAAGAACUACAACCUAUCUCGAGUCUUUUGAUUCGAAAUUUAAAAACAAGCUCUUUUUGGCGCUGAAAAGAGGGCGCUCGAACCAAAGAACAGCACGGAAUCAAAUCAAACUCGUUGAUUUUGAUGGAAUAUGAUAUGUCCGUCGCAUCUGUAGCAAUAAAAGUAAUAUUAUAGUGAUACUAUUAAGACUGUUGUCAAGGUUACGCGUUCGUCUGUGUUCGAAGAAGCAAGUAUAAUCUUUAUACCACAGAAUAAAUGUCAUUCGUGAAUAGUGUUUAGGACAACGGAAUAGCCAUGGAUUUCUACAUGAUUAUUAAUGGAUGAAAUAGAAAAUCAAACUCAACACUCCGAGAAGUGUAAACCCGUUGGCUUGGGAGUAACUUGCAUACCAAAACGGUAUUUGAAGAAUGACGCGAUGUUUUAAAUUUCCUUGACAUUUUGAAGUAGGAAUUCACAUUUAUUUACUUCGCAUUAUUUGUACAAUGUGGUAAACAUAAUGAUCAGUGCAAUAAAUAAUUCAAAAAGUAGAAGGAACCGAAAAUCAGGAAAGCAAGGCUCGUGCUGGGUAUGCCCAAUACCACUUAUAAAAACAAGUUCUUGACUUGUAUUAAAGAACAAUAUUAUAUUGAUACGAUUCUUGCAUCUAAUAAGAAAUCGAUUAUAGACACAGUAGAUGGAGACAAAAUGAAAAUGGAGUUAGGCAUGGGAGGGUAAGUUCAUUUGAACGACAUGUUAAUAAGUAAAUUAUGUAUAUUGAUUCGAGGAUACUAUAGUAUGAGAUGUUUAAGAUUUAAUUCAAUUCAAUUCAAUUCAUUAUAUUCAUCCAAA